GUACUGUACCGCGUAUGGCCUACUGCAGCUCCAGCUACAACUGGUGGAGGCAAGAAUGACACCGGCGCUCCCCUGCAUGAAGACAACCUGAUCGUAAGAACGGAUCUGUUUCAUUUCUUGAUCGAAAAAUACCACAAUGAUGGCGCGUGUCAUUGCACCGUUACGGACACGUUUUAUAGCGGCUGUUUUUACAUUCAUUGCACUAUGGGGGUGUGCGCUUUCCAUCACUCGGUACUCUAUUCCAGAGGAGAUGGAAGAGGGAUCCUUUGUUGCCAACCUGGCCACAGAUUUGGGUCUGGAUGUUCGCAGUUUGGUGCAGCGCAGUGCAAAGCUCGAUGUCAUUCACAGCAAAAAUUACCUUGACAUCAACAAAGAAACGGGGGAGCUAGUAAUCCGCGAGAAGAUCGACCGGGAGAGCAUAUGCAUGACUAAAGCAACCUCGUGCUUUCUGAAAAUGGAUGUCAUACUAGAAAACCCCAUUCGCAUUUUUAACCUCGAGUUAGAAAUCAUGGACAUAAACGACAACGCGCCUGUGUUCCGCAGAAAGACAAUGCUUUUGGACAUAUCUGAGGCAACCCCUCCCGGUGAGAGGUUUUCAUUGACAAACGCUGUGGAUGCGGAUGUGGGGGCGAACUCAAUCAAGACCUACUAUCUCAGCGAAAGCAAAUACUUCAACAUUGAUAUACAAACUGGUAGCGAUGGCUCCAAGUAUGUCGAUUUAGUGCUGAACGGUCGUUUGGACCGAGAGGAGCAGGCAGUUCAUAAUUUAAUUUUAACCGCUGUGGAUGGAGGGGUGCCUCCCCGCUCCGGCACAGCCAGCAUCGUUAUUAACGUCCUGGAUAUCAAUGACAACGCCCCCCUGUUCAGUCAGCCGGUAUUUUCAGUGAACGUUUCAGAAAACGCGGCUGCAGGGACUGUGGUCAUGACCUUAAACGCAACAGACUUGGAUGAAGGCUCAAACGCUGAGUUAAUAUAUUCAUACACACUGUACACCUCAGAGAAGACUCAGGAGCUAUUCACACUUGAUCCAAACUCAGGUGAGAUCAGGGUUAAGGGGGUGAUCGAUUAUGAGGAGAGUCAGAGUUUUGAGAUGCACAUACAGGCUCAGGACAAAGGGGCGAACCCAAAGUCAGGACUCUGUAAAGUCAUAGUGUCCGUCACAGAUCUGAACGAUAACUACCCUGAGGUCACCAUCAAGUCUGUGAAAAGUUCACUGACUGAGGAUGUUGCUGUGGGGACGCUGAUCGCGGUGGUCAGCGUGAGCGACAGGGACUCGGGAAAGAACGGGCAAGUGAAGCUCACUUUGAAUCAGCAAGAAUCUUUACCAUUCCUCCUGAACAGAUCCUCAGAGGGCUACUUUGAGCUGCUCGUUUCAAAGCCACUGGACAGAGAGAUAAUGAGCAAAUAUGACAUCACACUGAGGGUGACAGACAAAGGCUCACCGCCUUUAUCUGAGAAUGAAACCAUCACUUUAGAGAUUCUGGAUAUCAAUGAUAAUGCACCGAGAUUCUCCCAGUCCUUCUACACAAUUCACGUUGUGGAGAAUAAUCUACCAGGGGCGUUAUUGACAUCGCUUAGUGCGUUUGACCCAGAUCUCAAUGAGAACCAGUACUUGGUUUAUUUCAUAAUGGAGAAGGAGAUUGUUAACACGUCCAUGUCAAUGCUGUUCUCCAUCAACCCUGAGAAUGGAGAUCUUUAUGCCCUGAAGACCUUUGACUAUGAGAGAGAGAGGGAAUUCCUUUUCCACAUCGAAGCGAGAGACUCUGGUGUUCCCCCGCUGAGCAGCAAUGUGACAGUUCACAUCAUCAUUCUGGACCAAAAUGACAACACUCCUCUCAUAGUGUCACCUUGGCGGGCGCAGGGCUCCGUGGUAGAGGAGGUGAUACCAAGGUCCACGGAUAAGGGGCACCUGAUAGCCAAAGUGAUUGCCAUUGAUGCUGAUUCUGAGCAGAACGCCAGGGUCACAUAUCAGCUUCUGCAGAUCAGUGACGCAACCCUCUUCAGCUUGGAUCAGUACAACGGUGAAAUCCGGACGACAAGGAUGUUUAGCUACAGAGACCCAAGACAACAGCGGCUAGUGAUUGUCGCCAAAGACAAUGGCAAUCCAGCUCUGUCUGCCACUGUCACCAUCAAGAUAUCAACAGUGGAACACGUCAUGUCCUUUUCAGAGACUACAGAGUUGCCACUAGAGUAUGACGUCUUCACAGACCUAAACCUGUACUUAGUAAUCGGUUUAGGGGCUGUGUCAUUUCUGCUGCUGAUAACCAUCUUGGUUAUUAUUGUGUUGAAGUGUCAAAAACCAAAGCCAAAGGCCAUCAAGAUCCCCCCAGCCAACAGAAACAGUGUGAUCAGCAGGAACAGCGUGAUCAGCCAGAGAAGCUCCACCAUCGCAGAUUCCACCCUGAUCUCCAGCGAUGCCUACUGGUACAGUUUGUUCCUCGCAGAGACCAGGAAAGGCAAAGUGGUCGUGAGACAGCCGAUAAUUCCCAAAGGAGCUGGGUAUUUUGUGUCCAGUAUACCCAGAAGCAUAGGGCCAAGUGAGACGACAGACUCCAGAGCAUCCACACUGGAGUACUCAAAAUGAAAGGAAGUCCAUUCUACAACUGGAGCAGGAACCCAGAAGAGAACUGCCAUGAUAUAAUCAUCUCCUCAUGGGAGUCUGUGGAUAAGAUUCUUCCCCAUGACUCACAAAGAAGAUAAAACAACUGUCCUCCUUCAGUCCCACUGCUCCAACUUGCUCUUUCUCUCUAGCUCCUCCAAUCCCCCAUACAAACAUCGACCAUGAAUCACCUCAGCUUUCUACCUUCUUUUCUCUUUUAAGCAUGGGUCUGCAUGAUUCAAAUGAACAUAUUCAAAAUAUUUGGGCAUAGAAUUAAAAUCAUUUAUAGCAGGAUAUUUGGACAUUUCUAGAGUUGCCUCAUGUAGUAAAUAAUUUCCUCCUUAACGCUUUGAAACUCCUCAGUGAACAAAUUUGCCUUCUCUCCAGGGUUUACCGCUGUGUGCUGUAGUACUAGAAACCAUGAGUAGCUCAACAUAAGUCACCGUCAUGCAACCUUUUCUAAGCAAGAGUUCAAAACACGCCUAUUUACACAUACACACACACACACACACACACAUAUGAAUCAGGGUGAAUAUGAUUCUUCCAUAAUUCUGAUAAUUAUUGAACUGUAGCUGGUUAUGUGACUGAUUCAGGCUUUGCACUCAGUGUUUAUCUUUUUGAAUAAUAAUUUAUAAUGUAUUAUGAGUAUUCUGCAAGGGUCACUUUGUCAACUAGUAACUUGCUGAUAAAAUAAUCAAUGAUCUGAUUAAAGUACACAUAUUCACCAUUGCUUUAUCAGCAUGCAUAUAAGUCAUUAUAAAGCAGGCUGCCCUUUUCUGCAUGACCAUAACCAACAACUACUAGGCCAUUAACUUGGAGUUUCCCCUCAAUAACUUACAAAUUUCUGCUAAUUGAUAGUAAGCAAGGAUGGAAGCUAUUGUACAUUAAUAACGAUCUUAAUAAGCUUUGCUUAGUAUGGGCCUUAUGGAGUGGUACCACAAAAUUAGUCACUCUUCCUUAAUAACACUUUAUAAAUAUUGUCUUUUCUUAUUUAGACGAACACAAAAGUAUGAAUGUUAAUAGUUCUCCAAAAAACUCAAAAUUAAAACAUUCUGAGUUUAAAAUACUUAUUUUAGAGUUAUUUUGAUAUUAAAUAGCACUUGACAACUAUUAACAUUUGUACUUUUGUACACACAGAGUGAAUUAUAAUCACAUCAUAUUAAUCUACAACAGCUGCAUUCCUACAACCAGUAAGCAGUAAUUAAGAGGUUAUUAAGGAAAUACUCCUGACCUGGUACUUGUAGAAUAUUGUAUUCCAGUAAAAGGCAUUAAUUGCUUUAUAGUGACUAAUAAAGCACCAGAAUGCUACUAAUAUGCAUGCUAAUAAGCAACAAGUUGACAGUGAAUAUGUGUACCUUAAUAUAAAGUGUUACUGAUUUUAAUUUUUUUUACAAUGUUUGUUGUACUCAACAGUGAUGAAUGUGUGAAAAUGGCAAAAAAAAAAGAAUGAAAGAAAAGAAAAUGGAAACAAACAAAAAAAAAAAACAUAGGAGAUAACACUGUUUCUCUUUUUAUCUGAUUGUAGAUAUAGUAGUUCUAUAGAAAUUAUAAUGAGGUCAGAAAAGCAAAAAUAUGUUUGACACCUUCACAUCAGGUGUGCAGUUCAUAGAUGUUAUAAAGUAUUUGACUGGGCACACAGUUAUCUGGCUGUAUUAUGGACAAUUACACUGCAAUAUUGAAUUUUCUAAAUCAUGUUCAAAAUCUAGCAUACACAGUUUCAGCCUGUCUCCUCUUGUUGGGGCGAGUGAGCGAGGGUGCACACUCAUUAUCUCUCUAUGAUCUAAUUUCCACUGAUAAAGCUGGCAAGUUAAAUAUGAACUGCAAUCAAUCAUUACACACAGUGGAAAUCAUAUUACUCAAUUUAAAAAAAAAUACAAUAACAGUGGAAAUAAAAAAACUAUUUUGUAAUGAUAAAUACUCUGUUUAUUGAAAAGAGUAAGAUAUUAAAAUGUAUUUGCCAUGGUGCAAGGGAAUAUAAGGUCCAGGCAAGGUAUUGUUUUAUGAAUAUUAAUGUUUUUAUAGAUAUUUUAUGUAUCGACUUUUAAUGCUGCUUUUGUGAGCUUCUUCAAGGGCAUUUUGUGUUGCAUAUUUGUAGUUUAGUGCAUAUGAUGUUGUUUUGAUAGUGUACAUAAGUUACAAUUGAAAUUCUACUUUUCUUGACCUCAAAGGUAGCGCUGUUGCACUACUGUGAAGCCCAGGACUUUCAUUUCUCAGAAACAAGGAGCUCAUUAGGGGACACUUAUUAGGGUGCUAAAUUAUACAAUCCCAUUGGGUGAGGUGAGGAAAUUGGAUUGGGGGCGAAGGAGAACAUAGUGUUAAUUAUAGUUGCAGUAUUCUAGUGCUGACUCUGCAAGUAAAAGGGGGGGGGGGGCGGAACACAUAGACAGUGCAUAGGAAGUAUUAAGCGGAUGACAGCACUUUGAAAUAUGCACCAGAUCUAAAUGUGAUCGCAGCACUCACUCAAUAAUGCAGAGAAGAAAGAAUAUUUCUAGAUGUAUCGAGCUACAUAUUCUGAGUCAGUGAAAUCUAACCUCUCUCAUCCUCUCCUACUGUUGCCUGGUGUUAAGGGUACACCCAGCUUUCCCAGACAUAAACACAGCUGGCAGUCUGUCUGUCAGACUUGAGAUGUCACUGAAUGAGAGAUCUCUUGCUGUGCAGUACAUGUUAUGUGUGCAAUCAAUGCCUGAACCAGUUGACUUCAACCGUGUUAAAGAAGUAAUGAAUUGCACAUAUGAUGAGCUCCUUGCGUGCCUUCUGCAAUGUAAAAGAUACAUAUGACUGUUGAUGAAUGAAAUAACGGCAUGUCAUACAAUAUUACAAAUUACAGUUACAGUACCCCAAUGAUAAAAUACCUUCGAUUGCUAAUGUUGGAUAGGGGCUCAGCCUUUUGGUUUCAGAGCAGAUGAGAACCGGUAAAUGCAUUUACUGUAAAUUAAACUGCUUUAUACUUUGUGUUUUUUAUACAGUAGACUUUUUUGAUAUCUUAUGUAUUCACUGUGAUCAAAUGGCACAGGAGGUGCUUGUGCUUGGUAUAGUAAAAGUGCGUUAUUUCUCUUUUGUGUACGCAGCUCAGUUUUUCCUCUGCUUAUUUGCCAGUCAGAUUGUACAGUAUGCUUUGAGAGUUGCAUCAAACCUGAUCCAGCUCCACCCUCAGUGGAUCAAAGACAGUAUGGGAGAGAAUGGUCUUGCUUUAUUUACAAGUCUAGUUAAUUGUCAAAUUUUGAUGUUGCUUAUUUGGCUUAAAUGUCCUGCCUGAUCAUGCUAGUUUGAAUAAAGCUUUUUAAACUGUC